CGCAGGGCAGAGCUUGAGGGCGUUUCCGUGUUCCUCGCGGCCUGUUUCUGUCGGUCACCUCCUGCUGCGCAGUUCUCGCCGAGCGAGACGCGUCCUCUUCCCGGUACUCAGGCGGGAGAGGCCCGAGCUGAACGCGUAAACAUCGGGCGUGGGACGCAUGAUUUUAAAGGACCGGGUGCUGCAAAUGGAAGCGGAUGGUUUUGUGCGCAGGCGGCGGAUGACAGCGGACACGUCGAGUGGCGACGCCGCGGUGGCAGGAGCUUCCGCGGGCGCGGAGAUACACUGGUUCGGCGGAAGGUUCUGGGGGGUUUCGGAAAGUCUCGUCGGCACUUUGACACCUCGGAUAUCAGGAGAACCUGAUCUUCAUGUUGGACAUUUCUAUGGCUCCCAGGAGGCCAGCGAUUUAUCUGAACCGGACUAUGAGGGUUUGCCUCAAGGCGCCUCCACCAGCACACACAUGCUGGCAGGCGCAGUGGCAGGAAUCAUGGAGCACUGCCUGAUGUUCCCCAUUGACUGUGUAAAGACACGUAUGCAGAGCCUUCAGCCAGAGCCAGCUGCCCGCUACCGGAACGUCAUGGAUGCUUUGUGGCGAAUCAUGAGGACGGAAGGGAUCUGGCGGCCAAUCAGAGGCCUGAAUAUCACAGCCGUAGGGGCGGGGCCUGCCCACGCACUUUACUUUGCCUGUUACGAAAGAUUGAAAAAGGUCCUCAGUGACAUCAUCCAUCCUGGAGCGAACAGUCAUUUGGCCAACGGGGCUGCUGGAUGUGUUGCCACAUUGCUUCAUGACGCUGCCAUGAAUCCAACUGAAGUGGUGAAGCAGCGGAUGCAGAUGUAUAACUCGCCAUACCGCAGCGUCCUGGACUGUAUGCGCUGUGUAUGGCAGAGGGAGGGAGCGUUGGCCUUUUACCGCAGUUACACCACGCAGCUCACCAUGAACGUGCCGUUUCAGGCAUUGCACUUCAUGACCUACGAGUACCUGCAAGAGCUGCUCAACCCCCAAAGACAUUACAACCCCUCGUCCCACAUGGUGUCGGGCGCACUGGCGGGCGCCAUCGCCGCCGCCGCCACCACACCGUUGGACGUUUGCAAGACGCUGCUGAACACGCAGGAGUCUCUGGCUGUCGACUCCGUCAGCCGGAGCGGGAGACACAUCACAGGUCUCGGCCAUGCCUUCCGGACUGUCUACAGGCUUGGCGGACUCCCUGCGUACUUUAAAGGCGUUCAGGCUAGGGUUAUUUACCAGAUGCCCUCCACCGCCAUCAGCUGGUCUGUCUAUGAGUUCUUCAAAUACAUGAUCACCAAACACCAGCACGAGAAGCGCAGGAUUCAGAGGGAUGCAGAAAAGUAGGCGCCCUCGGCUGUUUUUGUUGUUGCAAGCACUCGAGGACAGAAUGAAUAAACGAUACGCACAUAUAGAGUCCAAACACUCACGUCUGUUUACUUCCUGUCAGUCUUGCAUUCAAUACUGAAUAAUACUUCUUACUUUCCUGUAUAACUCAGUUAAUAACCAUGACCUAAUUUCACACUGUGAAGGCUCAAGUUUGUUCAUCAGUCAUUGCAUUCAGAUAAACCUCCCACAAGAGGGCGUCACAACCCACUUUAUACUUGCAGGGAUAGUUCACCCAAAAUGUGAGUGAUUUUUUUUGUGCUGAACACAAAAGAAGAUAUUUUGAAGAAAGGUGGAAACCUGUAACUAUUGACACACAUUAGUUUUUAUACUGUUCCACACAAUUCCUCCAUGUUGUCUCAACAUAAAUUUGGGUGACUUAAUUGUUUCAAAUUUAAGUGGAUUAAACGUAAAACGUCUAAAUUGUUACCCAAAAAACUUAAGAAUUGGGUUGUUCCAACUCAUUUUAAGUACACUCACUGGCCACUUUAUUAGGUACACCUUUCCAACUACUCGUUAGCGCAAAUUUCUAAUCAACCAAUCACAAUGCAGCAUCUUAUUGCAUUUUGUCAUGUAGACAUGGUCAAGACGGUGUGCUGCAGAUCAAACCAAGCAUUAAAAUGGGGAAGAAAGGGGAUUUAAGUAACUUUAAACGUGGCAUGGUUGCCAGUGUGAGUAUUUCAGAAGCUGCUGGUCUGCUAGGAUUUUCACGCACAACCAUCCCUAGGGUUUUGAGUUACUUUUGUCUUUCUAUCAGCUCGAACCAGUCUGGCCUUAACACAUCUGGCAUUAACAAGGCAUUUAAGCCCACAAAACUGCCUCUGACUAAAAAUUUUUUUUUUUUGUGGACCAUUCUCUGUUAACCCUAAAGAUAGUUGCACGUGAAAAUCCAAGUUGUUCAGCAGUUUCUGAAAUACUCAGGCCAGUCCGUCUGGCACCAACAACCAUGCCAUGUCCAAAGUCACCUAAAUCAUUUUUCUUCUCCAUUCUGAUGCUCGGUUUGAACUGCAGCAGAUCGUCUUGACCAUGUCUACAUGCCUGAAUGCAUUCAGUUGCUGCCAUGUGAUUGAUUAGAAAUUUGCGUUAAGAAACAGUUGGACAGGUGUACCUAAUAAAUUGGCCAGUGAAUGUAGUUUGAAAAAGCUACGAAAGUAAUUUGAGUUUGAGUCAAUUAAGUUCUCUUUAAAAUAUCAUCUUUUGUGUUCAACAAACUCAGAUGAGUAAAUAGGGGGUACAUUUUCAUUUUUUGGGUGAACAAUUUCUUUAAAAUGCUAAUGAGGAGGCUGUCCUGUUAGUGUGAGGGUGGAGUUUGGAUACUUUCCCAAUUUAUUCUGAGUUCCAGACUGUUCACCAGAGCAAACCUGACCCCUAUAAUGUAUUCCCAGCCAAAAAAUAAAAUCAAUACGCACAAUAAAAGACAUAUCUGUACAUUCAAUUGGGAUUUUCAAUGUCAUUAAAAUUAUUGUUUAUGGCAGAAUGUAGAGCUGUACAGUAAUUUAUUGCCUUCUCUGACUGAAUAGCACUCGGAGACAACAAAAGAUAUCUAUGUUAUUUUUGUAGUAUUUGGCGGUGGCAUUUCAUCAGCACUUGUGGGGAAAAUGUUCCCUCAGUUGAUCCAAAGGCCUAAGGCGGAGAUCGCUGCCUUUUCUAUAAAUAGUUUUAGGUCCCUUUGGGACGACGUAGAUCUACAGAACAGCUUUAGGAUGACACCAAGUCCUUUCAGGGCAACACUAAUCAACUAUGCCUUAGACAUACAGAUCACAUGACCUGAGUGAUCAGAUUCAGUAUCCAUUGAAGUCUUUUUUCAGUUCUUUAUUGGUUUGAUUUCUUUCUUGAUGGACACUGGAAUGUAUUUUGGUGUGCUCUUAACAGAGUUUGAGCUCUUUGAGAGUUUCAGCUGGUACACACCGGUUGAACAUGUAUGGAGUUUUAUUUGCAGAAGUCUGACUACCCCAUUCAUUUUUUUUUGUUCUUCAGCUUUCAAUAAAUUGGCAGUGCAGGGAAUUAAUUCCCUUGCUUGCAUAAGCUAA